AUGAAGAAGGCGUCCGCGCGGGCGUUUCGCGGCGGCGUCGCGGGAUUCGCGGCGGGCGUGAUUCAGGUCGGGACGUUCAUGUGGAUGCGAACGGCGAUGAAUUAUCAGUACGCGAACGGCGGGACGAUGCUGUCGAGCAUUAAGGCGCUGUAUAAGGAGGGCGGAGUGCCGAGAUUGUAUAAGGGGAUGUCGUUUGCGAUCGUGCAAGCGCCGUUGAGCCGAUUCGGGGACACGGCGGCGAACACUGGGGUGAUCGCGGCGUUGGAGGCGUACUAUCCGCAAAUGCCGGUGAGCGUGAUGACGGGAUUCGCGAGCGUCGGAGGCGCGACGUGGCGGAUCUUUUUAACGCCCGUGGACACGUUCAAGACGACGCUGCAAGUGCAAGGGAACGCGGCCUUCGCGUUGUUGAAGGAUAAGGUGCGAACUGGUGGCGUCGGAGUGUUGUACAACGGCGCGGCGGCGAACUUCGCGGCGAACUGGGUCGGCAACUAUCCGUGGUUCGCGACGUUCAACUACUUGCAAAAGGCGAUCCCGAAGCAAGACACGAAGUUGAAGAACAACGCGCGCAACGCUUUGAUCGGUAUGGCGGCGUCGAUCGUGUCCGAUUGCAUCUCCAACUCUUUGCGCGUCGUGAAGACGGUCAAGCAAACCUCUGGCGACGCCAAGUUGAGUUACACGGGCGCCAUCAAGGGUGUGCUCGAAAAGGACGGCAUGAAGGGCUUGUUCGGCCGUGGAUUGUCCACGCGCAUCGCCACGAAUGUGUUGCAAGCCAUGGUGUUCUCUGUGGCGUGGAAG